GGUCGUCUCGAGGAGUCGUAGCCGCCGCGCCGUAGAAGAUGUCCAGAGGGGUCGUGACCUUCGCUCUGCUGCUCUCACUGGCUCUGUGCUUCAGGCCCUCUGCAGCAAACAGGCGUUUCCCGUACAGGAAGCUGCUGUGCUGCACUAAAGUCUCCUCUUCCAACAUGACCAGCAAAGUGAUCGGCCACACGUAUAGAAAACAACCUUUGACCUCUCGCUGCCCGGAGGCCUUAAUCUUCGCCACACAAGCAGGAACGGUGUGCGUGGAUCCGGCGGCCGAGUGGGCCCAGAGGCUCGCUGCCAGGAUGACGAGGCUGUGAGGGACGACGCGCCUUUGAAGCCAGACGCAUUUUGCAUCCCCAAACUGAAUUUUUUAACGAGACAAUUAGCCGGGUGUGAUUUAAAUUCUGUUUCAAGGGUAUUGUUGACGAUGUUUUCUGCCCUCCAA